GAAGCCGCAAGCCUCGAUGAGCGUCUGCAAUCUCACCGCCAAUAUCGCAAACUCGAUCGUUGGCUUUGCCGUGCUGACGCUGCCGACAGGGAUGGAGCGGCUGUCUGACAACGGGAUGGCGACCUCCGAGGCGCUCGGCGUCGGCGUCGUCCUGCUGCUGGUUUUCGGGACGCUCAACGCGUGGACGUUUACCCUCAUUGCCGAGGCUUGCGAGCGGACAGGGACCUGCUCGUAUACGGCGGCGUGGCAGAAAACGCUCGGGCCGCGUACUGCGUGGCUGGUCUCGUCGAGCACGCUGCUGAUCAGCUUCAACAAUGCGGUCAUCUGCCAGUCCAUCAUUGGCGUCUGCUUGACAGACUUGAUCGGCUUCUUCCUCGAGCAGCCAGAGGAGCUGCCGCGGCUGCGCAUCCAGCUGCUCGUGGUCGUCGCCGUCCUCUUACCGCUCUGCCUUUUGCCUUCCCUCAAGCCGCUCUCUGCCGCGUCGACCUUUGGCCUCGCUGGAACAGCGACGACAGCAGCGACGAUGGCCGCGCGUGCUCUCGACACGUCCUACGGGCCCGAGGGCAAGUUUUUCGAGGUUGUGCAGUGGGUCCCCACCUUCGAGCAGCGCGCGGCAGACCCUGAGGGCGAGAUCGCCGGUCUAGCCGCGGUCGCGCCGAGCGCGAGCAGCGUGGCCUUCUUCCUCUCGCUCGCAUCGAGCGCGUACCUGGCACACUUCAACGCGCCGCUCAUGUACGCAGAGACGCGCCCCGACCGACACGGCUCGCGCCUCGCCCCUUUCCGCGCUGCCGCCGCCAUCGCCUUCUCUGCUGCAGCUGCGCUCUUCAUCAGCAUCGGGGGCGCCGGGUUCGCUACCUUUGGCGAGGCGGUGCAGGCGCUUGUCAUCAACAACUACGCUGCUGCCGACCCGCUUGCCGCGAUCGCCCGCGUAGGCAGCUCGAGCGGCGGCAAAGGUCGGAUCCACGUCUUCCUCUCUCUCGGCGCCAUCACCGCAGUCGCCUUGGCCGAGCCUCCCCUCGACCAGCUGGCGGCCCUGGGAGGCGCGACGGGUGGCUCCCUCCUCAUCUACAUCGCUCCCGCCCUGAUGACGCUCCGCCUCGCGAGCCGUACCAUCCUCCCGCGGUCGGAGAGCGGGAGCUUCAUCAUCGCCGCCGACAUCGCCGCCGACACGGAAAGCGAGGCGCGUUCGGACGCGGCGCACGGAGAGAUCAGAGUCGGGCUCGUGAUUGUUCUAGCUUAG